CUAGGCUCAACCGAUUGUUCCAACAGUCGGCGCCAUCCGGUAUCUAACGAAGCCCAAUAGCAGUGCAAUCGCGUGUGGUCUAAGAUUGGUCCCUUCUCGUUGUGUAGAAUUCAUUUAGAAUCAUUGGAAAAACUUAUCCGGACACCGGAAAUCAUCAUGGGCUUAAACGAUUCGUUCCAGCUGUGCAGUCUCGUGUUUAGCUUUCUGAAACUGUUCUACCUGACGGUGGUACUCUAUCAGAUUGUAUUCUGCGACGGAUGGAAAUGUCGCGAUGAAAAUUCGGUCCCCGCUACAUUUCUAAUCCUGUUGGUUAUGAUCUUCCCGGCCAUGAUGGUUACUGGAAUUUUGAAGAAAAACCUUCGACUACUACGCAUCUGCAAGGUGUACAACAUUGUGGAAAAAUCGGCCGUUAUUUUUCUGCUGCUGGUGACGAUCGUUCUGAUGAACAGUGCCUACCGUGCGUACGUGCGAUGGCAUUUUGUAACCGAGCAGGAAGCCAUAUCCGUGGAGAUGGCCUAUGCGAUGUUUGCUAUUACCAUCCUGCUAGCAACACUUUACAUGAUCUUCCGCAACUGGAUGAUCAACGGAACCAUCGAAUCUGUUAAGUGCGAUCUCUACAGUUUGAAUAGGGACAAGUAUGUCAUGCAGUACAAUACCAGUCCAUGAUUUUUUGUUAUUUUUUUUUCACGAUGCCUCCGUGAAGCCUGCAAUGUUAUGUAUUUUUUUUUACAACGUGUUUGAAUGCUAUUUACCUAAUUUGCUCAUUUUGAUUUUGCCUAAUGUAACCG